AAUAAUGGUGUGUGGAUACGUCGAAAAUGCAUAAUGGUUUUAUUGUGGUAGUUAAUUGUGAUUCAAGGUUGGGGAAUUAUUGCUCCGGUUCAUUCUGUUGUGGAAAGUUGACUUGUAAACAAAUAACUGCUGCUUUUCUCGUUUCGUUUAAUUAAUUCCAACAAGUGGCAUCGUGAUGUACGUUCCUUUUAAGCUUUAGUUGUCGUGGGUGAGACAAAAAUAACUCAAAUUACGGAAUUAUAGUGAUGAGUGCCGACUUGAUGAUGUUUCGUGCAGUAGUUUUUAGGUAGUUGUCGAGAGCAACUCACCCGGUCAAGAAAUGGCUAAAACCAGAGUCCCAGAUGGAACCGGGCAACCCAUUCCGUACGACCCCGACUUCAACGGGCCCUCGAAGCACCGGUCCUGCACGGACAUCAUAUGCCUGCUCUUGUUUAUAGUCUUCAUUGGGUGCUGGGCGGGGAUCGCCAUCUAUGCGUUCACCAGCGGCGACCCGAACAUGCUGCUGGUGCCCAAGGACUCCUGGGGCGGCCGCUGCGGCCUGGACGAGCACGUGAAGGACAAGCCCUACUUGUUCUUCUUUGACCUGACGAAGUGCUUCGGGCCCUUCGUGCCCUUCACGGGAUGCCCGACCCCACAGGUCUGCGUCGAGAGGUGUCCCUCGGAGUACUUCUAUUUCGAUAAUCUGCCAAACCAGUACCAGAAGUUGAUAUGCAGCUAUGGUGUGGUGGCCAACAGUAGCAACGCGCAGCAGCUGGUGAAUGACAAGAAGUGUGCACCGUGGUACUUGAACAGCCAGCCAUUUUUGAACAGAUGUUUGUACAAUGUUGCUGAUAAGUCUUCGAAAGGGAACGCUAGAAAAUACGACGACGAAAUAUCCGAGCUUAAAAAACACUUGAAUAAAAUUGCGAUGUGGCUGUCUCUGUUUGUCCAAAAUAGCAUCGGGUAUUUCACUGAUAACGAGCACUACCAUCAGGUUGGUCAAAACGUAGUAGAUGAUCUGAUAAGCUCGUGGUGGCAAAUUCUCAUAGGAAUUGGAAUCGCGGUACUGAUUUGUAUAAUUUAUAUAAUGAUUAUGAGAUGGUUGGCCGCUCCUAUGGUUUGGCUUAGUCUUCUGGGGGUCAUCGCGUUGCUAGUGGCUGCUGUGUACUUCACGGCUGCCAAAUACAUCGAGUUGAAAGACCAAACCGAUUCUACCACCACACAAAAUGAUAACCAAAACGUCUUCGAAUCCUACGCUACGAAAAAGGACACCUGGCUGGUACUACUAAUUAUCGCUUCAAUAGUACUUGCAAUCGUACUCUUGAUUCUGAUUUUCCUACGCAAGAGGAUCAUCCUUGCUAUUGCGUUAGUCAAAGAAGGCAGCAAAGCCGUCAGCUCAGUCACUUCAGUACUUUUCUUCCCGAUCUUCCCCUGGAUUCUACAAAUCGGAGUCACUGCAUUUGCAAUCUGCGUCGCUUUGUAUUUAGCAACCACAGGAAAACCUUUAUACCAAAUCAGAGGAAUGACAGACGACUGUAGUACUACUUGUACGGACUACAAAAACGGUGACCUAUGCGAACCCGAUUCCUUCAGAAACUACAAUUGCAUGAACGACCACAUGAAUUCGUGUCAAAACCUCACUUGCAAGUUCAUCACAAUGGAAAACCCGGCCUUAUACCCAUGGCUACAAGCUUUCAACGUCGUCGGGUUUCUCUGGGGUACCUUUUUCUCGUCUGCUCUUGGUCAGAUGAUUCUGGCGUCGGUCUUCGCCACCUGGUACUGGACUUGGAACAAGUCGAACUUGCCCUUCUUCGCGGUGAUUGAAGCUUCGGGGCAAACUUUGAGGUACCAUAUCGGUACUCUCGCCUUCGGGUCGUUCAUCAUCACCGUCUGCCGCAUGAUUCGAAUCGCGCUGGAGUACGUCGACCAGAAGCUCAAAAAGUACGACAACGAAGUGACCAAAGCCAUUCUAUGUUGUUGCAAGUGCUUCUUCUGGUGCUUGGAGAAGUUCCUCAAGUUUAUUAACAGAAACGCGUAUAUCAUGUGUGCCAUUCAUGGAAAGAACUUCUGUUCGAGUGCUAAAGAUGCGUUUAUGUUGCUCAUGAGGAAUAUAGUGCGGGUUUUCGUGCUCGAUAAGGUUACCGAUUUUCUUUUCUUUUUGGGGAAGCUGUUUAUCACUGUUGGAGUCGGUGCUCUUGCCUAUCUCUUCUUUGCUACGGAUAUAACAGGGUUUGAUAAUUCAGGGUUAAAUUAUAAUAUAGUUCCAGUCAUUAUAAUUAUGAUUAUUACGUUCUUCAUCGCUACGAUGUUCUUCAACGUCUACAGUAUGGCGGUGGACACACUGUUCUUGUGUUUCUUGGAGGAUUGUGAACGUAACGAUGGGUCUAGCGACAAACCGUACUACAUGUCUAAGAAUCUGAUGAAAAUAUUUGGAAAGAAGAAUAAGAUAAAUUAGUAGAGAAUAGAGACACUGCAGGUUUACUGUCUUUGAACUGCUAUAAGUUCUGUGAUAUUAUUUCUAAAGUUUGAACGCUUGCUUUCGUAGACAUUCCUGAAACGGUACCGAAGAACCGAACUAAGAAAGCGAGGGUUUAAGCAUUGCUAACGUCAUAAUUUAUUUUUAAAGACUUUUUAUUGGAUGUUGUAUGGUACUGUAAGAUGUAAAAUAUACACUUCUAUUUACUACACA